CAAAAGUGAAGUGUUUAUAGACAGAUCCAACAAUGGACUUCUCUGAAAAUACAUUCAAGAACUAUUACUACCCUGAAAAUAAAGAUGAAUCAAGCGAUGAAGAAGGUACAGCUGGUUUCAAAGUAAAACAGAUCCUCGCAAAGAAACGUUCAGGAAAUGAUAUCGAUAGCUUUUUCGAACGUCCUAAAAAGCAGAGUAAGAUCCUGAAACGGUCUUCGAUUGUAAGCAAAAGUUCGGAGGACGGUGUUGCAAACUUAUCAUCGGGGCAAGACGACGGAGCAUAUGCAUCCCAUUUUAUUAAAAUUGAGAUUUAUGAUGCACAAAAAAUUAAAAAAAUACCACCCAUGGAACAAUGGAAGCACGCGGACAUCAGAUUAAAAUAUUUUGCGUUGGAAGAUGAUGCAGAACUACAAAGUACGCGAAAUAUUAUAUAUAACAUUACAAAACAAUUAGCUUCUAAGGAUAGUUGUGUGAAAUAUUUUAUAGACAAUAAGAAACCGUGAUAUUUAUAAUUGUUAAUGAUAGUAGUAAUCUUAAGUUAUAGUGUUUAGGUAUUCUUAUCUUUCCUUAUAGUAACUUGAAUUCAUUUUCCUUGUAAGAGAUUCUUUUAAAAUGUUUUGUAAUUUCCGUAUGUCAUAAAACAAUAAAAAUGUUAAGAAAUAAAUAAUAUAAUAGCUUGAGAAAUUCGAAAAGUAACAUUUUUAAAUUGUAUACAAAAGUAUUAAGAGAUAACAAUAGCUUUUGUUAUCUUUCCUAGUUACGAGUUAAGUAGCUCCAUUUUUCUUUGUAAAAGAUUAUUUUGUAUUAUACCCAAUUACAACACGUUAUAAUUAGGUGAAUCCCUGGUGUUAUCUUUCCUGUUAAUGAGUAAAGACCAUUUCGCUGUAAAAGAUUAUCUUGCAUUGUAUCGCAAUACAACACGUUUUAAUUUUGAUAAUUUUUAUAUGGAAAGUAUUGCCAAACUGUUUAUGACUUAAGUAAAUUUCCUUGUAAGAUAUUCUUUUACAUUGUUUCAUGUUCCAAACAAAAUAAAUAUGAACUAAAAUUGUAUCAAAUGUCUGUAGUUUU